GCAUCCUGCUUUUUAGCCCUAGCCGUGAACUCUAACCCUCCUGCUUUUGGCCUCUACCCAAACAUGUCACACUUCCUGGCGUGAGUAAGAUAUCUUGCUGUGAAACUUCAGCCUCAGCCAGACUAAUUGCCACUGGGACUGACUUUGUGGAAGCUGCUGCAGGGGCUCCCAGACUCUCCUCUCCAGCAAUGAAUGCGAAAGCCCUCCUCGUCCUCCUUGUGCUUGCUUUGGUUACUAUUCUUGCCUUAGUGUGUAUGCUGCUGGCCAGGAAGGACGAGUUUGCUCCCUGUGGUGCCAACUCAGAAGCUUCCCUGAAAAGGCAACACAAUGACCAGAGUUUGGUCUUUGCUGACCUGUCAGCAGAAGAGAUGGUCCUAGUGAGGAAGUAUCUACAGUCCCAUCUGAAGGUGCCGCUGGUGGAUGCUUAUCAUGCUGAUCCUUCUCAUAACAACAUUUACUACUUGGAUGUUGAGAUUCCUCCCAAAGAAGAGGUGCUUAAAUUCCUUGACCACAAUGGACCAUGUCCCCCUCGGGAGGCCCUGGCCGUGGUAUACUUUGGAAACCAGACAGUUCCAAAUGUCACUGAGUAUGUGGUGGGCCCACUCCCGAGGCCAGCAUAUCAUCGGGAUGUGACAAUGCAAAAAUAUGGACAGACACUCUUCUAUCACAAGAGACCUGUAAUUGGCAAUGAAUAUGAGCAAAUGCAUGAUGUCGUCUUGGAAAAAUUUCUUGAAGCACCCACUUUCCUGAAGCAAGUAUUUGGGCACAAUGGAAGCGAUUUUGCAGGCCUCACAUCAGCCCCUCGGGGCUUCCAGUCCGGAGAUCGGAUAACCUGGAUUGCCUUGUUUCAGAAUGUGAGAGGUUACUUCCUGCAUCCAGUGGGAAUGGAGGUGCUACUAGACCACAGCAGUCUGAAUGUCUCGCACUGGGAUGUGACAAAGGUGUUCUACAAUGGCCAGUAUUAUAAUGGCUUGGCAGAGCUGGAAAGAAAAUUCAAAGACAAGCAUGUCCUGGUGGCCAAUGUAAAGCCAGUCACGCCCGACGGAGCAUUUUCCUCAAUGUAUCCAAGGGCUGCCUCUCUGGGAACUGGUCCUUUACACUACGAACCUUGUGGGAAGCGCUAUAGUAUGAAAAACAACCAAGUUGUUUCCCCGUUGUGGCGUUUUGCCUAUAGGAUGGAUGUGAACAGAGGACCACAAAUCUAUGAUAUCAGAUUUAGGAGCCAAAGGAUUGCAUACGAACUGAGUGUCCAGGAUGCCAUGUCUGUCUAUGGCUCCAAUAACCCAGGUGGGAUGCUUACCCGAUAUAUGGAUGAAAGUUUUGGAAUUGGGAGGUUCACUUACUCGCUGGUCCAGGGAGUUGAUUGUCCUUAUUCUGCCACCUAUCUUGAUGCUGUUUAUUUCAUUGAGAACUGGGAACCGGAGGUGCAGAAGAACUCCGUCUGUGUUUUUGAGCAGAAUGUAGAUGUUCCCUUUCGACGUCAUUUCUCCAACCUUCAGUCCCUCUACUAUGGAGGUUUGCCUGCCACUGCUCUUGUUUUGCGUUCUGUGGCUACCAUGGGCAACUAUGACUAUGUCUGGGACUUUAUUUUCCAUCCAAAUGGUGCCAUUGAAAGCAAAGUCCGAGCCACUGGCUAUAUCACCUCAGCAUUCCUCUACGGUGAUGGGUUGAAGUAUGGGAACAGAGUUGCAGAUCACACCCUUGGAACAAUCCACACUCAUUUUAUCAACUACAAGGUGGACUUAGAUGUGGGAGGUGUGAAAAAUUCCUUAUUAGCCAAUGACAUGGCUUUUGAAACCAUGAAGGCCCCUUGGAGUCCAGAAAAUGAGAUCUACCGGAUGAAAAUGGUGAAAAAGGUACUGGAUACUGAGGACAAAGCAGCUUUCCGCCUCCAUGAUAACAUGCCAAGAUACAUAUAUUUUGCAUCAAAGGACACUAACAAAUGGGGGCAUAAGCGUGGCUAUCGAAUCCAGUUAAUCAGCUUUGCUGGGGAUCACUUACCAGAGACAGAUGCAAUGGAGAAAUCGAUUAGUUGGGGCAGGUACAAGCUGGCCGUCACAAAGCGAAAGGAGAAUGAACCCUUCAGUACCAGCAUCUAUAACCAGAAUGACCCAUGGACACCUUCAGUUGCCUUUUCUGACUUCAUAAACAAUGAGACCAUUGUUGAUGAGGACCUGGUUGCCUGGAUCACUACCGGUUUCCUGCAUAUUCCACACGCUGAAGAUAUCCCCAACACUGUGACACUUGGGAAUGCUGUUGGCUUCCUUCUAAGACCUUACAACUAUUUUGAUGAGGACCCUUCUAUCCAUUCCCCUGAUGGGGUGUUCUUCACCAGUGAGCAGGACUUCACAUCCUGUGAUGUCAACCGCCUUGCAUGUCUGCCAAAAACAGCAGCAUGUGUGCCCAAACUUCAGCCUUUUACAUAUGAGGGCUUCCAAAACCUGACAAGACUCUGAGGACUUCUGGACUUUGGAUGAAUGGCGAUGUCUGGAGUGAGAGGAGUGGGAGAAAUAGCUCAGCCUGACAUCUAUGUAUAACAAGGACAGUUAAUCCUGAGAUCUUUCUCUUCGAUCUUUUUUAACCCCAAUUUUAAGCUUGGCUUGCUUACAUUGUGCACAAUUUUGAACUGGUAAAAUAUUUGCAAUUUUUCCUUCUCCACACUUUAAGUGAACACCAUGAUCCACACUAGUCUACUUCUAAAUAUUCAUAUUUGUUUUGCUGUUUGGAGAACUUAAUGGGUAUAUGGGGUGAUAACUUUGGCCCUCCAUAUAUAGUUGGUCAGUUGUUUUUGGCCUACAACUGUUAUCAGACAUAACCAAUUUAGCCAAUGGUGGAGGAUUAUGAGAAUUACAGGACAAAAAUAUCUGGAGUGCCAAAGUUGCUCAUCCUGGAUCCUCACUAUAGAUUGAUUGACUAAAUAUUCAUUUUUUUUCUUUAAAGAGAACCCUGUGAAUUAUAAUUUUCUAAAGUGGGUUAGAGAUAUUUAGCAAUGAAUUAUCAACAUCAUCACUAAAUUAAAAUUCACAGCAUUCUUGAUUAUUAAA